AAUGGCGAGAGAGGGAAGGUUCGUGAGAAAGCGCGCUAUUUAGAAGACGACGCCAAAGUUGACGCGCAAGUUUCGUAUUUGACCUUUCUACCCUUGUUCUUUUUUCCUUUUUUUUAUUGAAUCCUAAAGUUAUAUAUUUACCUCUUGUGUUUUUACUUUUACCAAAUUAUUAUUUUUUCACAGAUUCUUCCUUGUUGUUCACUCGCUCAAGAUCUCUCUCCCUGGCAGAAGAAAAACCCUAAACUCAUCUGACCGGAGAUUGACGACGACGCCGCCUCCGAAUCGGAGAUCUUUUACAAACAAUGUCUUCCACGGCUAAACGGACUUCUUACCAGAAGAGCGGAUCUCCUCCGUUUUUUAGUCUCCUAAACUUCUUCUCUUCUUUUCCGACGAGAAAAUUAGGGUUAGGGUUUAAUGUGAACUGUGAAUUCGUUCAACUACUCAAGUUUCACCAUUGUUCCAAAAAAACCAACCAAUCAAAACCUCUCCAAUUGCUUAAUGAUGAUAGUAGUAACUUGGUGGAGGAUCCACAGCUUUGUGGUGCCUUUACAUGCGAUAUUUACGAGCAUCAUCUGCGUUCAUCCGAGGCGAAGAAAAGGCCUGCUAUCGAUUACAUGGAGAGAGUUCAAUCAAACAUCGACGCCACCAUGCGUGCCAUCCUGGUCGACUGGCUCGUGGAGGUUGCUGAAGAGUUUAGCCUUCCGCCAGAGACUUUGUACCUGGCGGUGAACUGUUUAGACAGGUAUCUUUCGGGAAACGUGAUCACAAAGCUAAACCUCCAGUUGCUUGGUGUUUCAUGCAUCAUGAUUUCAGCUAAAUAUUAUGGACGAGGAUCAGUGCGUGCGCCUCUUCGUCAGGUGGAGAGUUUCUGUUACAUCACCGAUUACACCUACUCGAGAAACGAGCUCCUGGAGAUGGAGUCUUGUGUUCUCAACUACUUGAAGUUCGAGUUAACAACUCCAACGGCAAACUGUUUUUUAAGCCACUUUGUCCCUCAAGGCAAAAGAGAGGAGGUCCCAUCGUCCCACCUCUUGUUUGAGUCGCUAGCGAGCUAUCUUUGCGAAUUAUCUCUCUUGGAUUACGCUAUGCUUCGCUACGCUCCAUCACUCGUCGCAGCCUCUGCUGUUUUCUUGGCACGAUACGUGUUACAUCCUUCGAGAAAACCAUCGUGGAGCUCUACGUUGGAGCAUUACACACGGUACAGGGCUCAGCAUUUGGAAGCGUGCGUUAAGAAUCUUCUUCGGCUGUGUCAUGAGAGUCCCUCAGGUGAUAAUGUAGUUGCAGUCAGAAAGAAGUACAGUAAAGCCAAAUACAAGUUUGCAGCAAACAUGUUUUACCCCUCCUCACUGCCGGUGCCACAAGAGCUCUUCCUCUGAUUGGCUUCCUUUUUGUUUUUAAUUUCCUCGUCUUGUUGAUAGAAACUCAUUGGGUCAGAGACCAAUGUGUUCAGUUCGAUUCAUGUAAUGAACAUAAAACAAUUUAUAAAAGAGAAGUAAAUAAUCCACCAAAAAAAGUUAUACCUUUCUUAUUAAAAGCUUAUAAAUCUAAUGAGAUAUG